CCAACAGUUGACCUAGAUGUCGUCAUGACGGAGGCAACGACAGCGGAUUCAAUCCCGCAUCUAGAGGGUGUAGUACAAGAACCACAAGCGCACCAAGCUCAAGCAACUCACCCAACUCGCAUCCGAACACGGCUAGUAGGUUGGGACGUGAAACAUCAGGAGAAUAAGCGAGAUUCAAGCGAGAUAGUGGCUUCGGCCCCAACACACAGUUCCCCUGGCUACUCCCAUCCAUCCCCGGCGAGUGACUCCCACACUGCCCAUCCACCUCCGACACCUGACCUGUUGGUCCUUUCUCCACUGUUGUAGGGUGCAUCAUCAAAGCACUCUCUUUCGACGAUCGAAUCGGAUGGAGAUCCACCAAGCGAGUGUAUGGAAGUCGACCACUCUGAAGACGCACGGCCUAGCCUACAUUCUUGAUCCUCGUUUCCAAUCCGACAUCAAGCAGAAGCGGGCGAGCAAUCCGAGCUCCCCAGACCUAACGGUGGUGAGCAAGCCGCAAACGAACGGGGAGGUGAUGAGAGGCUACCAAUGAUGAACGCGACGCGAGCGAUGCAUGAGAGAAUUGAGUCACCCCCUCAACACGAGGCGCCACUAGUAUCAUUUCGUAACCUUAGAGCUGCAGCACUGCAACUCAACACUCCGGCCACGGCUGAACCUCCAUCCUACGACAUAUGGGGAUUUCGAAGAGUUACCACCAAGAGCGUCGGAGCCGCCGCAGCUCCUUCAGAUGAAGUAUGAAGCUCAACCUCUUGACUAUAAACAUUCGUGGCUUCAACGACAAUGCAGCUGUGGAUACGAUUCAACGAUACAUUCAAUCAUGCAACUCGUUACCAGACGUCGUUAACAUACAGGAGCACAAGCUUAGAGGUCCAGCUUUACAACAAACCGGCCGUCGACUUUGGCAGCAAACUACUUGCUACAGCAUUGAAGCCACAGUAGGAUAUGGUGAUGCAACUGAUGAUCUGGGUGCAUGACGUGGCGGGGUCAUGUCCCUAGUGCAUCCUAGAUGGGCUAGGAGUGUGAGCGCCCAUGGUGCAAUACUUCACAAUCGAGCUUUUUGGUUGAUUUUUCAAGGCCUUGCGGGCGGCGAUGUGGGCAUAGUCAAUAUAUACGCCCCAACUGAUUCACCGUACAGAUGUAUCUUAUGGGAAGCCAUACCCCAGGAAUUACCACAGUCGUGCCGAUGGGUACUCGUAGGCGAUUUCAAUAUGGUGGAAAACAGAGGAGACACUACCAGACAGAGUGGCGCCCUUAUCCCCUUCCGAGAACGUGUAUUAUUUGAGGCAAUGAAGACCCGCCUUAAUGUCGAGGAUCAUUCACGAUCACCUGGGAGUUUGCGAUUCUCAUGAGAUGACAAUCGCGACGGAGAUGAUCGCGCUAUGGCUCGACUAGAUAGAGUGUAUAUUUUCAACAAUAGUGCAAAUGCACCAGACCGGAAGUUCUCCCUGUACACGAUCAAAGGUGAUUUGCCUAAGUCCGAUCAUCAUCCUGUGUUUGCUUCAAUUAAAUUGGAAGGCCAAUCGGCAAGAAUCACACACUGGAAAACGAACUCACAAUGGCUGGAGGAAGCAGUGCCAUCUAUUCGACGCAUUUGGAGGGACGUUCAUCCCAACCUUACCUUCUUCGCCAAGUUACGCAAGGUUACUCGAUUCUACCGAGGUCUGUGCCGCAUCAAAGCAGCGCUCUUUCGGAAAGACAAGGAGUCGCUUUCCAAAGAUCUUAAGGAAGCUAUGCGGCAGGAUCAAAUUCAUCCUAAUGAUGUUUUGGUCAUGCAGGCUCGUGGGGAGUGCCGAACCAAACUCUUGGAACUGCAGGACCGGAAACUAGAAGGGAGAAAACUCAGAUCACGCAUCCGGUGGAAGUUCAAGGGUGACCAAGUUAGCAAAAAAAAAAAUUAGAGCUGUCAGGGAACGUAGACCAUCGGCUCGAAUAUCAGCACUCCACGAUGAGCAGGGAACGCGGGUCACAGAGAGAACUGCAGUGGAAGCCUGUGCACUAGCUUACUCUACCGACUUGUACGCUGCAGCAUCCAGGUCGUCUCAAGCAGAUCUUGCCGAAGCGACAAUCCUCGGAUUAUUACUAAAUACCUUGGUGGACCGCUUCCCGAUAAUCAUAAUCAUAGUCAUUGCAGCACUUGAUAGGAUUCUAGAUAAUGCCGAAUUGCGUAACUGCCCUCGAGCAGAUGUCCAAUGGGAAGAGUUUCGGGCUUGAUGGGGUUUGACGGAAUUCUACCUUCAGUUUUGGGAUGUUCUAGGACAGGACUUUACGACUAUGAUCACCGACUCCAUCGUUAAAGGGAAGCUACCGCCGAGGAUGAAUAAAGGUUUAGUUGUGUUAUUGCCACAAACUGGAGAUCUGAAAUAUAUCCAAAACUGGCGUCCCAUCGCACUGUUAAACAGUGCCUACAAAAUUUUGGCAAAGACGAUUCAAAUUGGUCUUCAGACAGUUCUUCCCGAAAUGAUCCAUGAGGGUCAAUAGGCUUUUCUCCCUGCUCGCUAUAUCUUAGACACGGUGCUGGUGCUGCAUGAAACUCUAGCGUGGGCAAAGGAAUCAGGCCAAGCAUUAAUCAUGCUGAAACUCGACUUUGCAAAAGCGUAUGAUUCGGUGAAUUGGCACUUUUUAUUCCAGGCUUUGACGCGGAUGGGUAUUCCGAAGACAUUGGUAACGAUUGUGAAGCUACUUCUUGAAGAUGCAUCCGCGACUGUGUCAAUUAACGGUAUGUGUACAUCUGAGUUUCCGAUUCAGCGGGGUGUUCGGCAGGGAUGUCCGUUAGCGCCAUUCCUCUUUUUGAUCGUCGCCGAAGCACUAGCAUAUGCAACUCAAGCUGCUGUGGCGUUUGGCCGUCUCAGAGGCAUCACAUUACCCGAUGGAACGACCCAACACACUCUUUCCCAAUUUGCAGAUGACACUACUUUCGCACUUCAAGGUUCUCGGCACAACCUAAAAGAGGCAUCAACGCUGUUGGAGGACUUUGGACAAGCGAUCGGGCUUCGUUUGAAUAGGGGCAAAUAUGCCCUUUAUUGGUUCGGCACUACAUGUCUUCCCCAAUGGGUGAAUUCUUUCGGUUGCCAGAUUGCUGCGCCUGGAGAGCUGUCCAAACUACUCGGCACACCAUUUGGCAUUUCGGUAGAGUCGGUGGAUGUCGAUGCGUUUCUGGCAACCAAAAUCACCGCAAAACUCAAAUUCUGGACUACAACUCAAUUGUCGUUUGCGGGCAGAUCGGUAAUCGUCAAUUCCAUUUUGCUUUCCACCUUGUGGGGUACUUCAUCAGUUUAUGGUGUGGCUCCAAAAGGAUCUUAAACAGAAUUCGAGCUGCUCUUUGCAACUUCUUAUGGGCCGAAACUGAAGAGAAUGCUCGGGCCAGAGUGAAGUGGUGAGAUUGUUGUGGAGAUAAGAAAACAGGCGGGCUGGAACUCAUAGAUCCACAAGAUGCUCUUAUCGCAUUGACGAACAAAUGGCUUGUCAAAGCUCUAGUGCCAAGGAAUGCGCCACUCAAUAUUCUCAUCCGCCAUCGGAUGUUCAGCUUCCAACCUGCAAGAGUUGGGCGGUGGCCGAGGAGUCUACAUUGGGGCCUGGUAUAUCACUUCACCGCUCCCAACGGCCCAAAGCUCUGGACACACAUGGUGCGCGCAUGGAGAGGAAUUAACAGCUGCCUUGAAGUACCCCCACCUUCAAACGCCGAGUAGAUCUUCGAUACAAACUUAUGGUGGACAACUCACUUUGUGGGGGAAAACUUUGGGUUUUCUUUGCAGAGAGCCCGGCGACUUGCCCACAGCGGUCUAACUUGUUUUUGCGACCUGUGGGAACCCAGUUCUAUGGUGCUGCGGCCUUGGCAAGAUCUGAAACAACAAUAUGGCCUUACCAAGGAGGAGAAGCCCAACAUAGAACAAUACCAGGCGAGUAUACCAGAGACUUGGCAACCACUCAUUGACAAUGCAUUGACUCCGCCCAAGGAUGAUUGGCUCGGCCUCUUCUAUAUGACUCGCUGCAUAUCGACUCAGCAGUGGUCUUUUUGGCGACGGAGGACUUCCGACCGCAACUAAUGCAUGAGGCAGGAGACAUCAUCAUCCCGGAAGGAAUUACCCGGUACAGCAUUGGGGAACAAUCCAGAGACCUCAUCCCAUAUCAUACAGGUGAUGAUGAAACUACAAUAGCGGUGCCGGGGAAACUUAUCUUGAUCCGAGUUAUAUCGGUCCCCAAGGCCCAACGCACGUCAUCAAAGCCCUGACUGUACUACCUAGCUCCACUUGUGCGUCUUUUUUUCGAUCCCGGGCGUUGGUACUGGGACAACGAAGACUCCCUCUUUGCCUACAGUGCAAUACUUGGGCGAAAAAUGCUACAUCCUCGAUUGACACUUGGUCGUACAGUGCACCAAAAGUGGCAUGGGCAGAUUCCAGCAACCUUUCAGGCGGAUUGGUGUGAAAUGUGGAGCAGAAGAAGGCCUAGCAAAGAAGCAGUUUUUAUGUGAGCAGAUAUCGUAAGGCCGUAGCGGUUAAUCACUGGCGCCAUUGGGUAUUUCCAACAUUGUCUUCGGAAUGUCCCUGUUGUCAUUGUGGAGUGGCCGAAACAUUGGAGCAUUGUAUUUACAGCUGCGAAAUGGCGGUACAAGCAUGGGCGUUUGCGGUCACGGUGCUUGAUGUCAUGGCAUGGCAAAAACUCCACGUGCAUGGAUGGUAUGGGACCUGCUUUCGUGGAGUCAAUGCAUAUUCGGGACUGCACUUCCACAAGAGCUUGUGGCAUUUCAACCGACAUAGUAGAUCAUACGCGGUACAAUCCUCUGGUUGAUAUGGAUUCAGAGAAAUCAACUCGUGUUUCAUGCUAACAGGUGGCCCUGGAGGUGAUGGAGAGGAACCUUUGAGACGCAAUUAUUGACUUUGCUCCGAGGCGUGUCACAAGGUCGAAUGGAGUAAGAAACAUCAUCCAGAACGAGUUCCCAACACCACUCGCAGCUUUACGACGCUGUGGGUCUAUAACUCCAUUUUCUUGUAUAGGGGCCCGCAAGGUAGUUGAUGGAAUUACGAGCAGGCUCAUGUAGGUAGCUUCAUCAUCAGGUAGUGGUAUGGUAGGUUUCUCAGGUUUAAAAAACAACUUAACUAUGGUGCCAGCUAUCCGAGGGUAGCUCGGUUUGUGCUGCGGUGUCUGUUUUCGUAUCUGUAGUUACGGAAUAAACUCACCAUUUGCUUCAAAAAACAAAAAACUUCUAUACUCGGUUUGUAAUUACCAUAGGAUUGAGGUUUAAGUUAAUGAAGUUACACAUUUCUGCUACA